AUGGCAAAAGGGCAGAGCAAAUCCAAGUCUGCAUCAGUGCAACCCGCCCAACCCACCGAGCAGAUGGCCCUCUCAUCCGCUCUGACAACGCCAUGGGGCUUCCUCCGGCCCACCACCGACUUACAUACAACGGUCGUGGAUUCAGCAAAGCACAUCCUGGAUUCCCUCGCUGGAUCUGUCGUGGAUGCCCAGACUACUCGCCGACAACUCAACAAAAAGCGCAAACGCUCAGACCUCGAAGCGGACUCGAUCACCCAGCUCCAAUUGAAGAACCUCUAUGUGGAUGGUUUCACCUCGAAUCAAAUAUGGGAGCAGGCAACACGCAUCCUCGAGUCGACUGGCGAUGAGAUCGAGCGUGAUAUCACUUUGAUCGCCCAACACAGCGGCUACAUGGAUCAGGCUGACUCUGAUCUUGAGGAUGUCUCUGACCCCGAGGGUGCGCAAAGUGACAGCGACAGUAUGGAAGGGAGCAUGAUGGAAGAUCUCUCUGAGGGCUCAGGUGCCGAGGAGGAUCUCAAGGAAGGGUCUGAAGAAGACGUCGAAAUGGAGUCCGACGAGCUGGCCGAAGACGAUGAGAUGGAAGACUGGGACGAUGAUAAAUCACUCGGCUCCGCGGACGGAGAGCCCGAAGAAUUCGUGGAGGAUAAAUUCGGACUGAACGAUGGAUUCUUCUCAAUCGAUGAUUUCAACAAACAGUCCGAAGCUUUGGAGCGACAAGAUGCUGCGGGGGGCCCCGAGCAGAAUGAAGACAGCGAUGAGGAGGAUUUCGAUUGGCAUUCCAACCCGCUAGUAGCAGGAAGUGCUGCGCCCAUCCGCGGCGACGACUCCAAGCGACGCCCAACGGAAAAGGACGAUGAUGCCAUGGACGACAGCGAGGAGGAAGGCCCGACUUUUGGUAAUGUCGAUCUCAACGCCGACUCUGAUGAGGAUGAUGAUGAUGAAGAGGGUGCGGACAUGGAGGAUGGCGAGGCCAAUGCUUGGGUGAACACUAGUGAUAUCAAAUACGCCGAUUUCUUCGCACCUCCGCCUCGCAAGGCCUCCAACAAGAAGAUGCGCUCUCUCCCGAAGACUCAACCUGCGCCUGCAGUCGACGAAGAAGAUGUCAACCGUGCUAUGGCUGACGUUCGACGGGACCUGUUCGAUGAAGAGGACGCGGAUUCCGCCGAUGAAGAGGUGGCUGAUGAAGGAUCCGGGGAUGCCAAUGCCCCGCGCUCUACACACGAGAAGAUGCGGGCACGGAUCGCAGAUGAAAUCCGUCGUUUGGAAGCGAACAACGUGGCCAAGAAAGAAUGGAUGUAUACCGGUGAAGCCAGAGCUAUUGAGCGACCCGUCAACUCCCUCAUCGAAGAGGAUCUUGAUUUCGAGCGAAUUGGCAAACCCGUCCCUGUCGUCACCAAUGAGACUACCGAGGAUAUCGAGGAGCUAGUCAAGCGUCGCAUUCUCGCCAUGGAGUUUGACGAAGUGAUCCGUCGUCGGCCAGGCGCCGAGACCCAGCAAGCCGGAAGAAAGCCCCGGUUUGAAUUGGACGAUACCAAGCCGCAGCAGGGUCUGGCUGAGAUGUACGAAACCGAGCAUCUCAAGGCCAACGAUCCCAACUUCGUGGAUACUAAGGACCGCAAGUUGAUGCGCGAACAUGCCGAGAUCAAUAAACUCUGGAACGAGGUCAGCGCCCAGUUGGAUACGCUAUGCAACUGGCACUACAAGCCCAAGGUCGCCCAGGCCAGCAUCAACGUCGUUACCGAUGCGCCAACUAUCAUGAUGGAGGAGGCUCGUCCUACGGCUGGCAGUGCUGUCGCUGGUCCUGUUGGACUUGCACCGCAGGAGAUCUACACACCUGGUGACAGUGGUACGGUUAAGGGUGAGGUCAUUCUCAAGACUGGUGCAUCUAUCUCCAAAGAGGAGAUGACUCGCGAGCAGAAGGCCAAGAUCAGACGGCAGAAUAAGCAGAAUCAGAAGAAGACCGAUGCCCAACCUUCCCAGCAAAAGCCUGGCAAAGCGGCUGAAAAGCAGCAGGUCCUAUCAGACUUGAAGAAGGGAGGUGUCAAGGUCAUUGACAAGGAAGGCCGUGUAACGAAUAUCGACGGUGGCGUCGAUGCAGCGGCCAGGAACAGAGGAGACAAUCUGAAAUUGUGA